AAAACAGUGGAUUGCCAAACUGGUAACAGCAACUUUCCUUCAAAUAUCCCCCCCCCCCCAGAAUAUGUCGUUGACCAACACAAAGACGGGCUUUUCUGUAAAGGACAUUUUGGACCUCCCCGAUACGAACGAUGAAGACGGAUCUAUCACCGGAGCGGAGGAGGACACGGAAGGAUCGGAGACCACGUCGACGACGAAAAACGCGGGGGUCUUGGUGCAAAGUCCUCUAGACAGCGUUCAGACUCUGCCUUUAAAGAACCCCUUUUAUGACAGUACUGACAAUCCUUACACGCGAUGGCUCGCCACUACGGACAGUAUUCAGUAUUCAUUACACGGUCUAUCUGCCAGCUCUCAGGACUCGGCCAAGUCCCCAGAACCCUCCGCAGACGAAUCGCCAGACAACGACAAGGAGACUUCAAGCAACGGCAGCGACUCCGGCAAGAAGCGGAAAAGAAGAGUGUUGUUUUCCAAGGCUCAGACCUACGAACUUGAGCGCCGUUUCAGGCAACAGAGGUACCUAUCCGCCCCGGAGAGGGAGCACCUCGCCAGCCUGAUCCGUCUGACGCCCACUCAAGUGAAAAUUUGGUUCCAGAACCACCGGUACAAAAUGAAGAGAGCCCGCGCCGAAAAAGGUAUGGAAGUGACCCAUCUCCCCUCUCCCAGGCGGGUGGCCGUGCCUGUCUUAGUCAGGGAUGGGAAGCCUUGUCAUACUCUUAAAGCUCAGGACUUGGCGGCCACUUUUCAGGCUGGGAUCCCCUUCUCGGCGUAUAGCGCCCAGUCCCUUCAACACAUGCAAUAUAAUGCUCAGUACAGCGCCGCCACCACGCCACAGUUCCCCACAGCACAUCACUUGGUGCAAACGCAACAGUGGACUUGGUGA